UUUCUUCUUUUCAGGCUACUCUCUGCAUCUGUAGUUUAGAAACAUUUACUGAGUUUUCCCCACGAGAAAUAACACAUGUUUAUCUGUGGUUAUUAAUACUUCAUCAAAUGACUUGUGUCAGAGACGUUAAAUGUUGAUAUUGUGAUGAGCUGAGCAGUGUGAAAUAUCACACUCACUUCUGGUGUCCUCAGAUGGUAUCUCAAUCGCAUUGAGUUUUUGUACCACUAUAUUUCAUUCUCAUAAGGAGACACUGUAUGGCCAUAUUAACUGUUAGCUGAAAUAUUAAUGCUACAGGUCCCAUGUAGCUCAGGUGUUUAGAGCAUGGCAUGCAAUGCUUUAUUCACUACAGUAAGUUGCUUUGGAAAUGAACGUCUCCUGAAUUACUUCACAGAAAGCUUAAAGUAUAUUGAUAAUCAAUACAAUGCAAUGUACAAAUAUGACAUGGGAUGUGAAUGAUGAGAAAGGAAUUAGAAAUGGACACGGAAUCAAAAGAAACAGGGGAAUAUUUGUAUAGGGGUAAAUAUACGUCACAGUUUAGGCCACAACAGUCCUUAAAACCUGUGGCCUUUGAAAGAAUGCUGACAGCGGAACUAGAGGCAAUCUGCUGCUGACGCCUGUAUCAUGCUGUAAAACACCCACACGCCUUCACCGGCCAUGAGAUCGUCGCCGUAUUUCCCUGCACGCUCUGUGUUGUUCCGUAAGGAGGCCAAUGGAGUGACGUACCGUGUCCCAGCUCUCCUCUACUUGUCUCGCUCCAACUCCUUCCUGGCCUUCUGCGAGGAAAGACUCAGCCCCUCAGAUGCCCAGGCUCACCUGCUGGUCGUGCGCAAAGGCACCUUCUACAGAAACUAUGUGGAGUGGGAAGACAUGCGUGUUUUGGGCACAGCUCGGUUGGUGGGCCACCGAUCGAUGAACCCAUGCCCGCUGUACGAUGAGUUCACAGGCACUCUCUUCCUAUUCUUCAUCGCUGUGCUAGGCCAUACCUCUGAGUCAUACCAGCUGAUCACGGGGAAGAACGUCACGCGCCUCUGCUUCAUCUCCAGUACCGAUCAGGGAAACACCUGGAGCCCCGCCAUUGACCUGACCAAGAAGGUUAUAGGAGACACCAUCAAAGACUGGGCCACCUUCGCCUUGGGCCCAGGACACGGCAUCCAGCUGAAGUCAGGCCGUUUACUGGUCCCAGCUUAUGCCUAUCACAUCGACUGCAGGGAGUGCUUUGGCCAGAUGUGCCAGACCACGCCGCACGCCUUCUGUUUCCAUAGUGACACCCAUGGCCGGACGUGGCGGUUCGGGGAGGCGGUUCCCGGGCCGGAGAGUGUGGAGUGCCAGAUGGUCUCUGUUGAUGAGGAGGAUGGGACAAACGUGUUGUACUGUAACGCACGGAGCCCCCUUGGCUGCAGGGUGCAGUCGCUGAGUCUGGACGAUGGGGCUGUCUUCCAGGAUGGACAGUUGGUGCAGCGACUCACGGAGCCUCGCAAUGGCUGCCACGGCAGUGUAGUGGGGUUCCCUGCCCCCCUUCACCUCAACCUCCACCAUGAGCCAACAAGCCACUCCAGACACUGGACUUCCUUCACAGCUAAGUCCCUUGACUCAUCCGGAGCCACCACCCCUCAUCCUUGCUCCACGCAGAAUUUUCUCACCCCUACCUGGGUGGUGUACUCACACCCGACGUGGGCCAACGCGAGAAAGGACCUGGGCGUGUACCUCAGCCUGUUCCCCCGUGACCCAGAUAGCUGGUCUGGCCCAUGGGUCAUCUACGAAGGUCCUAGUGCCUACUCUGACCUGGCUUACCUGGAGCUGCCAUCAGCAGGAGCCCCGUCUGCCGUGGCCUUCGCCUGCCUGUUUGAGUGUGGCACCAGCACAGCCUACGAUGAGAUUUCCUUCAGCAUCUUCACACUGUAUGAACUUAUUGACAACCUGCCCCGCAACACAAAUUCAGCUAGGAAAACACAGGCAUGUACUGACAAUCAGGCAGCUAGCAAAACACAUAGGUUUCACAAUACAACAAGAGUGAUGGAAAAGAGGCCAGAGGUAAGGAAGAGGAGGAUAAGGAAUCUGUGUUGUCUUUGCAAUGUUUCAUAACUUCUUCAUUAACUGCCGUAGCAAGGGUUUCUGGACUAUUUUGUCCCUAAACCCCAAUUAGAAAUACAUUUUACUCCCCCAGCUAUGUCAAAACUAACGAUAUAUCUAUAUCUAUAAACUUUUUUCAUUGGAGCUUGUAGAACCGAAUAUCAUUAUUUUUUGUUUUUCUCCCAGUCUAAUUUACUGCCUGGUCCGGUUUACACUGAGUCUUAUCUUUUAAGAAUGGGGUCAUAUUAUGUUGUAGUAUAAAGGGAAUUAAAAAUGUUUUACCUUGAUAUUAAAUUGUUCCUUACCCUUAAAGAGUAUAUGUAUGUCAGGAUUUCAUUUUCUUUAAACAUAGUUUUACCUUAGCCACUGUUUGGUAACAUGCAAUAGAAGUAAUUAGUCAUUUUUUUCUUUAUAACAUAAAAAAAUCAAUUUAUCAUCUGAAAUCAGUUCAAUCAGUCAAAUGUAUUUUAUAAAGCCCUUUUUAAAUCAGCUGAUGUCACAAAAGGCUUUUAUAAAAUACCCAGCCUGAAAACCCAAAGAGCAAUCAUCAACUCAUAUUUUGUUUGAUGCUACUUAAAGCGGAUUUAGUCAAUUAGAAAAUAAACACACUCACAAGCUGUAAUUACUUCCUUUGAUUUGUUGCUAGCAUUGGUUAAAGUUAGCAGAUUUUUUCCACAGUGUUUCUCUCAAUAAGAAAACCCCACACUGGGUCAAGACCUAUUUCGUAUUGUGUUUCCUGCCUGUUUCCUUCUGCUUUGGGAAGUCUUCAGCACAUGACUCACGUUUACUUCUCUGUUUUGUGUGCAUAAGCAUCAUAUUUAAACAAAGUCCACACAGUCUGAAUGAUUCAAGUUUCUGAUCUUUUACCUAGCAAUGUAUUUGUCUUUCUGAUACCAAGUCCAUCCAAUCCUAGUAACAAUGUCAGUGUAAAUCUAGUGUAAUUAUCUAGUGUGCAGAAACAUAGCUAUUGCAGUAGUUACAUUUUUGUUUAAUACUAGGAUAGACUAGCUAUAUUAAAAUGCUCCCGGAUUGCUGUAAUAAUCAAUACAUUUUCACCACCGGAGGCUUACAUAUACGAUUUUAAACCAUCCUUUAUUAAACAUACCUCUCUUUCUUUGCA